CAUAAAUCAUCUUGACCUAACAUUCGAUUAUAACUCCAUCUUCACAUUGUUAAUUUAAACAUUUUGGCUUUGGUUGUCAUGAUGAUCAUUAAAAUGAACUUCCUUUAUUGGACAACAAAAGUUAUUCGAAUGAAUUUUCAUACCACACGGAACUAUCGUCAACUAACCAAAAGUUUAAACGCAACAAAAAAAUUAUUUGUUUACAAUGAUAAACAGAAUAUCAUAGGAACUUUCGAUAAAUUGAAAAAUGCUAUUCGAACAUUUACAGUGGUUGUUGCGACCACUUGGUGCAUCACUCGUUAUUUUGCCGAACCUAUUCUACUACAAGGACCAUCAAUGGAACCGACUAUACUACAUAAUGAUAUUAUCAUUGCCGAAAAAUAUACUGCAGCAUUUCAUCGAAAUGAUUACAAACGAGGUGAUAUAGUUGUGGUUCGAUCGCCAAUGAACCCUCAUCAAUUCAUUUGUAAACGAAUCGCUGCUAUGCCAGGUGAUAUAAUCAGUGAACGCUUUCAUUUCAGUAAUUAUCGACAAACAGUUCAGAAAGGUCACGUUUGGCUUAUGGGUGAUAAUAAAACAAAUUCCACAGAUUCUCGAGAAUUCGGAGCUUUACCUAUGGGACUUAUAAUUGGUCGUGUUAUCUAUAGGAUUUGGCCUUUAAAUCGAAUAGAAAAUUUGAAAAAUCAAUUUGUCGAAUCAAAUAAAAAAGAUUUUUAGUCAA